UUUCAUUUUUAGCCGCUAGUCCCCGUGCCCUUGUUUUUCGUGUCGUUGAUUGAGCGGGAGCCUGCGAGGGAAGUUUCCUCGUUUCGUUAGCUGCAAUCACCUCAUCCGGUUUUUUCCUCAUGACUUUGGCGGGGUUCCUAUGAACGUGAUUUUUAUCUUGAUGUCUGCUUCCAGUGCACGCAGUCGACGGAUUUUUCGGUGUGCGUGUCGAAGAAGGUCGAGAGCAUGUUUGCUUGGUUUAUAUGGCAUGAAUGUACAUGCUGUCGGCCAGCCGCCUCCAUGGUGCCUUCGCUUCCCCGUCGGUGUCUUGCGGUCAGGUGGCGUCGCUGAAUACCGCCUUGGUGCUGACUCACUCACAAGAAUGGUGCCGUUUCCUUGGUGGAUCAGGGGGGUUUCUGGAGCAUCUGCGAUCAGAUUCUUGGGAGGGCACUUAUCUAUGUAGUAGUUCCUCGUUUCAAUAUCCGUCAGUACCCACGGUAGAAAAGGUUGGCGUAUUUUCAUUGUUGGCUUGUCGUACUCCCUGUGCCAUCAUGACGACCAAGGUCACGAGCGACUUCUAACUUUACGAUGCUAGCAUUGAAGACUGAAAUACUUUGUUCUGUGGCACACUGUUUAGGUUGCGUGUCCUCCGUUUGCGAACGUUUUGCCGUGCGAACGAACAACGCCGAGGGGCAAAGCGUAUUUUAGGGAACUCAUAUUCUCUGGAGUUGACUGGCUUGCAUCGGGGGUGGUGAGGUUCGUUUGUUCAUCUCUUGGCAGCCAUCCUUCUUUCUAGUGAACGUGGGCGAUAUAUAAUCGAUUGUGCCCUUUCGGCAUGUCAUCCACGCUAUAGCCGCUUCGCACGUUUGUUUGGGUGUGGAUGCCGAUGUGCUCGCGUUGUAUGUGCUUUCGUUUGCAAUGAUUAACCUCUUUGCCCUGCACACUUUCAAAAGACAGCGUCUUUGGACCGCUGCCAAGUUCAAAGGAUGCUCGGUGGCGUAGGGUCCUCUUGCGCCGUGCCAGGGUUGGUUCAUGGCGCAUGGGCUCCACAUGUGGAGGGGUGACGGAUUGACACAGCCGAGGUUCCGGACAGCAGUCGUUCAUCUCAAUUCUUGUCUUGUUCCAGAGGUUAUCACAAGGCCUGGACUGCUCGACUAUCCGUGUGAGGAGAUGAGCGAGACAUACCUGAAUUUCGACGCGCUUUUAGGUUCCAGUGGGGACGAACGCUUGCACGCCAAGGAUACAUUAAUUAUUUUCCAGUUGAU